AUGGCCGCUCUCCCAGUCGCAACAAGAUGGUUGCUGCGUCCAUCGGUAGCAUCUUUCGGCAAGACCCUCUUAUCAACAGGGCAAGUCGCCUGUCUACACCAACAGGGACCCUCACGGUCAGCCGUAGUGCACGAGCAAGCACUCCCCCAAACUGAGCACCAAGUGUCUAUUCCACAAGCAGAGAAGCUUAAGAGCUCACAACCUGGAACCUCAAACAACGUUGAUACCCUCAUCUCCCAAAUUCCUCUCGUCCAAACACUCCGACAAUCCCACAAGUCCUACAAAGAAUCCCGUCCACACCUCGCUAUUCCACCAGCAAUCCGCCAACACCAUUUCGUCGGCGGUAGUCUAGCAGGCCCGGGAAAACUAGCAUUAGCACCAUACAUGUGGACCACGUCACGGAAAGCCGAAACAAGUGAAUCAUCGAAGUCGGAAUCAAGAAGCAAAACCGAGACUAGUAGCGUUGUAUCCGUUUUCCACAUAGGUCGCGACCUGUGCGGACAUCCAGGCUUUGUGCAUGGUGGUCUUCUAUCUGUUUUAUUCGACGAGGUGUUUGCGCGAUGUGUGUCGGCUGCGUUCUCCAGUGGGCUUGGUAUGACUGCGAACCUGAAUGUUGAUUUCCGGAAGCCUGCACUCCCGGAUCGGAUGUAUGUGCUCCGCGCUGAGACGACGAAGGUCGAGGGACGGAAGGCUUGGGUGGAAGGGAAGAUGAUUUGUCUUCCGUUAGCUUUGCCUUUGUCUCAUGGAGUUUCUGGCUUGGCGGCAGAUACUGGCUUGCUGUCGGAGGAGAGUGAGGGGGCCGUUAUGGUUGCCGAAGCGAGAGCUUUGUUUAUUGAGCCUAAGUUCGCGGAUUCGAUGGUUUCUGUUUAUCGUACCUGA